UCACGGACGCGGCGCGCAGAGCUGAGGACGCGGCGGGGACGUCGCAGAGGAAACACCGCCGUGUCUUCCAAUGUGGACUAAUUGCGGCUCGGCUCGGCUCGGCUCGGCUCCGCGGUGACGGAUAACCCCGGUGGGACUUCUUCACGUUGCCCGAAGAGAAGUUUAACAUGGCUCACCGUAGAAACACAUCGGAGGACACCAACAACGGUUUUGAGGAAUCGUUUUAAGAACGUCGAAGAAACGUCAAAUACGUUUUGAAAUGUGGACAUCCGAUCUAACGGUUAACUGAAGUCAUCACUUGAAAGAUUGCUCUUCGUGCAAUGCGGUCUGGAUGUUCACACCGCCAAGAUGGAGCCUACCCUGCUUUCCAACACCAGAGUAAUGUUGAUCCUCCUACAUCAAAUCAGAACAACAAUGUUUCACUAGCACCAGUGGUUCACACAGCAAGUAGAACACAAAUCAACAUGGUAGCCCCUCAAGAUCCUGAGGAACUCAGAGUGGAUGAUGGUCCAGCUCAGAAGCAGCAACACGAUGCACAGUCGCAACAAAAUGUCCAAAGACAUGUAGCAAACACAGGAUUCCAGCAUCCAAAACAUGGGGACAGUAUGUGGACUCCUAAUGCUGACAUUAAUUCAUCACUGCCUGUCUCUGCCAAAUGCAGCGGGGCUAAUAAAAAGUCUACGAGACAGUGUGUUAAUAAUGGUGGACAAUACAAGGAAAAUUUUAGUAGAUAUUUCUUGAAAGAAUCAAACUUUAACAACAAUUCUACACUGCAGCAGAGACAUCAUUUAUAUUGUGCUCCUUCAGUCGCUACCAGUUCUGUAGUACCGGUAGGAAACACUGUUGGAGUCACAGCACAGACCUUUCCUUUACAGAAUCAGCAUUCUCCUAAGCCCCAAAAGACAAGAUGUCGCCCCAUGUCACGUUCCUUACUGGAAGGAAGUUGUCCAGAUGCCAAGGCUUUUCUUACCACCCGGUCUUCUUCAUCAGAGGAAACUAAUGCCAACAUUGAACUCAAUACUAGUACACAUUUUUCAGAUGAAAGGCACUGCAAAAGUUGGCACAUGAAAAGUUCACUGAAUGCUCUCAACCGUGAACACACAAGAUGUACCCCUCUCCAGAAGCAGGUCACUUCUCCUUCAGCAUCUGGAGAAAGAAAACCACCCACAGAUGAUGAUAUACAGGACUUUGUUAAAGAAAUGCUUGAUCGUUUUCGAGAGAGACAAUGUGUCAGCAGUGCUGAACAGGGCAUUGCAGCACUUGGAAAAGCACCUCCAGACGGCAGCAAAGCGGAGUUUAUUCAGACACGUGAUUGUCCUACAGAUGCAUCAGGGAAACAUUCAACAGAAUAUCCACAAAUUAUGAUGGAAGUUGCUGCCACCUGUACAAAGAUUGAAGACAAGAGUCCAGUGAUCCUCAUAUCAAGGUCUGGAUUGACCAGCAAUGAGCUGACUGAGAGGGACCCCAGCUACAAGUCACAAGAAGACUACACAUUUCUUGGUUUAAAUAGCAACAUGAAUUUGGAUGAAAUGGACCAAGUGGCUGGUGAUUUUUUGACUUCUAAACACAUGAUAGUGAAGGAGGAAGGACAUGCAGGCCUAAAACCAGUGGCCAAUAUGCAAGGUGUGAUUAAUGUCUCAGUAGAUCUUCAAAUCAAGCCAAGUUCAGUGAUAGCUGGAAACAAAACCUCUGUACUCACAUCACUCAAUGAAUACCAAGAUACAAUUCCCCGAAAAAGGAAAACAACUGAAACUCCACAUUGUCAUACAACUGAUCCUGAAGUAAUGGCACAUUCCAAGGUAACUGCAUCAGUUGAUCAAAUUCAGGUUCAUGAUGUAAGAACAAUAUCUACAGACCAAAGUGAAUGGCUAUGGAACGUUGCAAAGUUUGAAGGUGUGAUGGAGAAUGCAGGUUCUGUGCAUUUACAAACAGAUUUAAGUUCAGAACUUUGUGGAAAAAGUUCCAAAGUCCAAGAACUGUCGAUACACCCUGAAGACAAGGGUAAGGGACACUCCAAAGUUUUGAAAGAUCCAAAAUAUGAAGAUGUUUCAGACUAUGAAGAUGUGUCAAAGGUGUUGAGAAAGCUCCCAAACAGAGAGGAUGAGAAAUGUAGCUUUCCACCAUGUUCUGAAGUUCCCCUGUAUGAAGAUAUUAGUGACAACGAAAAUCUACAGAUGGGGGGUUUGGCCGUGGAAAAGCAUUCACCAUGUGAAGGUCUGGCUCAGGUGAGGACAGAAAACAUUUCACCAAAGAGGGGAGCACUUGACAAAGCAAAACAAUGCUCUUGUCCAUGUUAUGUGGAAACAGAUGAUGGUUUUGAAUAUCAAUUAUGUCCUCGAUGUGACGAGGAGAGACAACUGGAAGGGCAAACAAACCACUCUGUUUUGUGUAGUCCUUCCUCUGAGUUAAAAGAUGGAGAUGAGGAUGGCGAUCAGAUGAAUGACUGGAUAGUCAUACCUAUGAGCGUGUCGGACCUUACAUUUGAACCAGAAGAUGAAGAACAGGACGUCCCAGAGAACAUUGUGCCAAAUGAUGUUGAAAGUGGAAACAAAGGAAGACCAACACACUGCGAGUCACAUUGUCCAUCUCCAAAACCAGUAGCGGCUUCUGCAUCUUACCAGAUAGAAGUAUUUCAGACAAUUGAUAGUUUUCUGUUAGCAAAAGCGGUACAAUUUGGGAACAGGUUUGAGGUAGCGUCAAGCAGGAGAGCAUCCUACUCUGAGCCUGAAGACAGCAGUGACACAGAAGACAGUUGUGAUUACCCAUCACCAUCAGGACUCACUUAUUUGUCACAAAAGAGGUCGGCAUCUCUGCCUCCAGUGACAGACGAUUCUGGAUCUGAAGAAGAAAGUGAACAUGAUGAUGCUAAAAAUGUGCAAAAAGUUCGAAGCAGCAACUUGGUGAAGUCAGCCUGUAUCCCAAAACUUCGAGAGCUGAUGGCAGCCAAAGCUGGAUCAAAGCAGGUCCAACCCAAGGCUAACAGAAAAACGAUUUCCAAAAAACAAGACCUAAUUGAUUCUAAAACAGAGGAUGAAAAUGAUCAAAACUGCAGACGUAAGGCAACACGAAAGAGAAUAUUUUCAGACUCAGUGGACUAUGGAAAUGCCACAUGGGGUCAACCACGAGGUCAUACACUGGAAAUGUUAGACAGUCGGCAUGGUACUGUAAAAGAAACUGAAGACUCGCCAGCACCACAUCAUUCCUUUAAAGAGCUGCCGCGCAAUACAGGAACAAGUGGGAAGCAGAUAGAAAACAAAGUUGACCCUGAACAUGUUCAACAUGAGACUGAAAGAAAAAAUAUCCCCCAAAAAAUUGUAAUAAACCUCAACUCUGACACAGAGGACAGUGACCAAAACCACAAAAAGGAAGAGAAGCGGAGAUUAAUCUUGUCAGGAUUAGGAUCAUGUAUUCAACAAAAGCUGAUUGAAAGUGGCUCUGAGCAUGUUCAACACAAGACCAACAGACAAAUGACCUCAAAAAGAGGUUUCCAUCAUUCUGACAAGGUGGUUAAAGAACAUCAUCAGAUAAGCAAAAAUGAGAGAAAGCCCUCAUCAGUUUCAAAAGACAGUGUCAGUUCCUUAUUUGCUUCACAAAACAGACAGUCAGCUGAAACUUUGAAAAUUCUCUGUGGAAGUGCCAAGGAAAAACCAGGAAAAACCAUACCAUCAUCUGAAGAGUUUCAAGUAAAGCAUCCUCAGUCUGUGGGCGAGGAGGCAGACACUAAUUCUGCCCCUACACCUGUCAUUCAACGCCUUUUUGUUUCAAAUUCAACUCCUCCCAGUAACAACGUGAGACUUUCAAAAGAAUCUAGAGUCAACAGACAGAGUAGACAUGAAACUCUGGCUCCAAAGACCCCCACGGCAACCUGUAACAAGACGCACUCUUUGGAGAAGAACACACAUAAUUUGAAUGCCUCGAAUAAGGUUCAAGCCAAAGCAAAAAAAUUGUUUUCAAGACAACUUUCGUUACCUAAUGAGGAAGGCCCAUCCACCUCCCGCUCAGCCUCAAGACGUUUGUCUGGCGAAACCACUUCCGUAAGACUUCCUAAGACAAAAAAAGAUAUGUCUUCGUCCAAUCUGAUGCGCUCUCUGAGAAGCAAGAAUUAUGAGCCAAGGAGAGAAGCAAGACCUUUACCCAGUCACCCUGACAGAGCACCCAUACAGAGGCACAACUCCCACGAGUCUGCAACUCCCCUAAUGAAGAGGACCAGGUUUGAAGCGAUGCAGCUGACGAAGGCGACAAAUCGAGUCACCCAGAAGGAACAAAGAUCCUACGUGGGUGAAGGUUACAAGUGGUCAGAGAAGCCACAAGUAACAAGGGCAGCGAAAGGUUCCACCAGCGAGAGGAGGAAGUAUAGAACUCCAAGAUCCUAUCAGUGAGGAGAAAGUUUCACCGUCCAACACUCCCAAUCUGCCUUCAUCCACAAUGACAGCCUAUAUUAUAAAAGUGAAUACUCUGUUUGUGCGUGCGCAGUUAGCAGUCGGGUAAAAUUUCAGCUGAUUGUGGUAAUGUCAUUUACAAGGUUGUUUGACCAGCUACCUCACCAUUCAAUGUUGCCGCAUUUAGUUGUUUUUCUUCUGAUUACUGUCUGAACUUGAAAUGUUUCUGAUAUUUUAAUCCAGUUCAUUUCCCUUAUAGACAGAUGUAUACAUAUGAUAUCCUGUUCUUUCCCCAUUUUUUUAAGUUUAUAGUUUUUUCUGUGAUUACAAACUUUUGAAUGGCAAUAUUUUUUUUUUUUUUUUUUUUUUUUAUGAUAAAUGUCAUAAAAGUUGCCAAAGGCUCAAGUUUGUUUGGUUCCUGUGUACUCCAGGGGGAGACUUUGCAGUGCAUAUUGCACUUACAAGGGAUUUUCAGUGUUUGUAUUAAAACAUACAGUAUAUUGUGAUGUCAUAUUCUGUCAUCUGAUUGGAACAGAAGUGACAGUGGCUAUAUUGCUGCUUUUACUAUGGUUACAUGUUAAAUUGCGGCUCCAUAGUACUGAAUACUGAAACAGAUAUUAAACAUCUGUUACAGAGCAGAUACUGGUGUGUUAUGGGUGAUGCCCUGUUACCUUACCUGUAAAUAUUUGACCAGCCUGUUCUUCAGUAGCUUGACAUUCAACAUCACAAUAUCUGUAUCUUGUAAUGACUGUAAUAUAUGAAGAUGUCCACCCGCUGAAGAUCAAUAAAAGCUGCCGGAUGCUGCUGGACAAUGA